AGCGGAGUUGUAUCUUAACUAGGCUCUCUCAUCGUCACUCUCUGACACUGAUAGCAGUCCAAGGAAUGCCUGAAUCCGCCCCCUCCUCCGCCUCCUCCUCCUCCUCCUCCUCCAUCAUGCCAACUUUGUAAGCAUCGUUCUCAUUGAUCCUAUGCGGCGGGGCCUACCCUGGUCACUCUUUAGUGGAGUAGUUUUAGUUUAGUACACCGCACGGACCACGCUCUCUCCGCUCUCCAAUUUCCCCCACCCAAACCCAACCCAACCACGGAACAUGAAGAAGGAUCAGACCUCCGCAGAUUCACCAGCCAGCAUUUUCACCUCUACCACUCCCAUUCUCGGCCUCAAACUCUACGUUGUCAUUAUUGCAACUUCUCUCGUCACCAUUGCCCUUUUCGUCCUCAUCUUUCUCUUUCUCCGCUCCAAACGCCGUCGGAUGUGCCUCAGGCAGGCUUCCGGACUCUUGCCUCUGGUUUCCAAAGAUAUUACCCGACUCAAAAAUAAUGCGGAUCCAACCCAGAUUUCUUCUGUGCAUGCUGAUCAUGGUUCUGCCAAGGCGACGGACAAAGAAACCAAACCCAUUCUCAGUAAAGAUGUCCAGAAAUAUGUUCAGAUCAUUGAGUCCGAGGGCAAAAAAGCCAGUUCCGACAGCAAUGACUCCAGUACCAGCAGGAGUGAAUCGUCCUCUGCUGUCACGGCGUCCACCUCGACUUCCACUGAGGGGGCCAACCUCGGGUGGGGACGAUGGUACAGCUUGAAGGAGCUUGAAUUUGCCACUGAUGCAUUCGCCGAUCAGAAUGUCAUUGGAGAAGGAGGCUACGGUGUUGUUUACAGAGGUGUUUUGCAGGACGGUUCUGUAGUGGCUGUCAAAAAUCUUCUCAACAACAAGGGUCAGGCACAAAAGGAAUUCAAGGUGGAAGUUGAGGCUAUAGGCAAAGUGAGACACAAAAACCUUGUCGGCCUUAUUGGUUAUUGUGCAGAAGGUCCUCGGAGGAUGCUUGUGUACGAGUUUGUUGAUAAUGGUAAUUUGGAGCAAUGGUUGCAUGGUGAUGUAGGGCCUGUUAGCCCACUCACUUGGGAGAUCCGAAUGAAGAUCGCAAUUGGUACUGCCAGAGGGCUUGCCUACUUGCAUGAAGGAUUAGAGCCCAAAGUUGUGCAUCGUGAUGUAAAAUCUAGCAACAUUCUUCUGGACAGAAAAUGGAACCCAAAAGUAUCAGACUUUGGCCUUGCCAAGCUAUUAGGAUCUGAGAAAAGCUAUGUGACAACAAGAGUGAUGGGAACAUUUGGAUAUGUUUCCCCUGAUUAUGCAAGUACUGGUAUGCUUAACGAGGGAAGUGAUGUGUACAGUUUUGGAGUUCUGCUCAUGGAAAUAAUUACAGGAAGAAGCCCAGUUGAUUAUUCCAGGCCACCAGCAGAGAUGAAUUUGGUUGACUGGUUCAAAGGAAUGGUUGCAAAUCGUCGUGGUGAAGAGCUUUUAGACCCCCUGAUUGAGAUCCAUCCUCCCUCAAGGGCUUUAAAGCGAGUGCUGUUAGUUUGCCUUCGCUGUAUAGAUUUGGAUGCCAACAAGCGACCAAAGAUGGGGCAAAUUGUACAUAUGCUUGAAGCUGAAGAAUUUCCUUUUCGUGCCGAUCCUCGGCUAGCCCAGGAAACAGCUCCUCUCCAUCCAUUUGUGGGAGCUAGCUUUAGGGGUCAAUUAGUAAAAAAGGAUGUGGUGGAUGGUGAACAAACAUCUAGAAGGAGAUGAUGUUGAUCAGAUUUCAUGGUACACCAGAAGGUAGAUUAGUUUUUUCAGUGUAAAUUUUAACAUGUACUGCUGCGGGAAUAGCACUACCGUUUCCUUCUUUUCCAUGUUGGUCGGAUAAAUAUUGCUUUGCCUUUGUUAUGGACGAGCCGGUGUAUAUAUAUGAUUAUAUCCACUCUAAAUAUGUUGUGUCUCUAGUUUAUAGAAAAUAGAGUACUUCUUUGGGCGCUUUUAGCAUAAAUAUUUCGAAUAUGUAAA